CCAGUUUCAGUUUUUCAACAGAUGAAACCUGAAAUUCGAGAUCCGUGUGCGCGCUGAGGAACCUCUAAAGGGUGGAGGCAGCAGAAAACAGGAAGGUGCUGAUAAGACGCUCCAAAGUUCACGGCACACCUGAGGGGCGCCAGAUCUUCCUCCAGAACGACGGAGCUCGGAUGUGAUUUUUCCCGUUUGUGGAAGCGUUUCGUGGAAAUAAUGAGAGGACCGUGUCUCUGAGCGCUGGAGAUAUCUUCACCCGUCUGGAGAUGUGGCCUCUGAGAGUUGCCGUUUUUUUACUCUGCUUUGCAUGUAGCUGGGGUCAGAGCUGCUACGGGACGAAGGUCUAUUUCGUGUCCAGGAAUUUCUUCAGCGUUCUCCGUUGGGAUCCUGUCGACGUUCCGGGUCAAACACUUCUCUACAGCGUUCAGUAUAACCUUUAUGGGAACCCGUAUCAACCAGUGACUUGGUGCCAGAACAUCUCCACCCCUGUUUGUGACAUGACGGAUGUGAUGACGGAUGUGAUGAGCGACGUGUCCUCUAAAUAUCACGCCAAGGUCCUGGCCGGCGGACGGUGCCUCGGAGGGGCCAUAUCCAUGCCGUUUUGGGAAACCACAUUCACAGCUCCUCAGCUGUCAGUCACAUCAAACCAAACCCAUCUGAACGUGACGGUCUCGCCGCCGAGGGCCGCUUGGAACCGCUCUUUAGAGGACGUCAGCUUUUGGGGAAAACGUUUCCUGACAUCAUUUGUUAAGUACACGGUUCGUCUGACGCGUCCCGAGUCAAUGGCUGGAAAGGUGUUUGAGAACGCGUCCCGCUCCGUGUUGAUUUGGCUCGUGGAGACAGACGUCCAGUACUGCGGUGAAGUGUUUUAUACGCUCACACACCCCAGUGUGUUUGGUCCCAGUGAAAACUCCACCUUUUGUGUGACUGUCUCAGCACCCAAUUCCUGGCUUCAUAUAUUAAUAUGGCCUGGUCUGCUGGCUCUGCUGCUGUUGAUCGUCUUACCCAUCAUGCUUUGCCAGUCGGCGCUGAAGAAACAGAGCUCCUUGCCGAAAGUGCUGCAGAUCAUGCGAGACAACAGCAGCCCUACAUUUUGUCCCGAUCCAGAUGUCAUCUCUAAAGUGGAAGUGGGGUCUGGAUUUGCCGUGAAGCUUGAACCACAGCCUGCUUUUUCUCCGCCAGUGAUAAUGGAUAUCAACGCGUAUGCAUCCCAGGAGGCCUGCGAGCAGGAGCGCGUCCCGCUCCAGGACAGCCCAGAGUCUUCGGUCCACUACAGCACGUGCGUGCCUGCCAAGACCCGACCUCACGAAACCAGCUCGGACUCGUUUGGUCCGGAACCAAGUCUGAGCUUUUCAUUGAGCCCUCCGGACCCUGAAAACAGCGGCGGGCCGCUGGUGGUGCCGGUCAGAGAGGCUGAGAACGGCGAGCUGAAGUUUCCCGGCUUUUUAUUCCAAUGUGGGGAAAGUUCUCCAGCAGCUUCCCGGGACUCAGAGGCUUCGUCUGGAGAACAGACUCCUUUGCUCCCCGACCUUCUUCACAAGGACUCCAGGUGUAGCUCAUCCUACAAGCCCGUACACGUUUCGUGCGUCGUGACGUCAAACUACAGGCAGAACUGGCUUCCGGGGAUUCCUCUGGAGGCACAGCAGGAGCAGAGGACUUAUGUUAUGAGGACAGAACCCGUCCAGGACCCAGCUGAACCUGAGGAGGACUUCACAGAUGAAGAGGAACAGAGAUUCGGUGUGAUUUUUCUGGACAGGUUGAUGGUGGAGACGCAGGGGUUGACUUUGUCUUGUAACUAACCCUUGCUCUUCUCGGAGCGUCCGUGCAAGACGAAAAGUUGCUAAACCGCCAUCUUUUGGGGUUUUGAGAAAAUCUGAGCGUUCGUACAGACGUUGUGAGUUGACCGAACCUCGGAAACCUUCCCAACUACGUUUGAUUUUGUUGAGUUUCUUUCUGAAAGACAAGCAUAAAUAGCCAUGAAAGCCGACGUGUUAAUGUGCCACAGGUGAACAUUCGAUGAGCGAUCUGCCAUGUUAAAGAUGGGGAAAAUGGCUUUAGAAAAGUGGCAAAGAUUUCGAACAGAGAUGGGUAGGUUGGUCUAUUAGUGAAACGAUCCUUGUUGCAUAAUGUUCCAAUGGUGGCCAUUCGAAAAUGGGAAAAAUCCAUUUUUGUGCCAAGGUUUGCAUGCCUGUAAUUCAAGAAGUGUUAAAAAUAUCUCAGUGUUCUUUAAGAUGUUGGCUCUUAAGAGAGGUUUCAGGUUUUAAGGCCCAAAAUGGUUUUGUUCCAGAGAUACUGGGGUCUCAAUUUGGCUUUAUGUGUCAACCAAAUACAAAAUAGUGGACUGCGCAGCAAACAUUCAUCCAUAGCAUGUACUAUCUUGGCCUUCUUUCACAUUUAUGCAUUUCUCUCAACAGAUAUAUAUAUAUAUAUAUACUCAACUCAACUCAAUAUAUAUAUAUAUAUAUAGAGAGAGAGAGAGAGAGAGAGUUGAGUUAAAAUGGCCCUAAAGGUAAUUUUAAAAGCAUUGAGUGUUUUCAAACUGGCACUUUGACUGAAACUAAGCAUAUCUGUAGCAUUGCCAUUUUCACAAGUGUUAUACCAUUCGUUGUCAAUAUGUCUCUGUUUUAACUUAUUAGUCUAUUUAAUGAACGCAUAAUGCAAAACGCGGGAGUCCAAAUGCAGAAAACCUGAAGUGCAGCUUGUUAUUGCUGUGUUGGUGAAUUUUCAGAAACAUUUUUACACCAUUUGUUUGCGCUAAUCUGAGUAACUUGAAGGUCGGCGUGAAAUGCCGUUCAAAAAGCAUCCGUCUUCUGAAGCAUUUCUCGGGGGGGGAAACAGGAUAUUGAAGAAACGUUUGCACGUCUGUUUAUAAUCGGAUUGAUGGCUGAGCCGGACCGGAAAAAGUAAACACCUCAAUCGAACUGAAAUGAUCUGAAUGUUAAUGCUUAAAUUCGAUUAUAUUCUCAAUCUUAGCAAAAAGCUAAGAGUGAGAUAUGUUUGAAUAUGCCCUGAAGUUAAGUUUUGAAUGCAUUAAAUGCCCGUGUCGAUGAAUAAGUGCAACAUUUGCGCUUCACGUAAACGGGAUGUUCAGAAUCUGAGUGCAUGUAAGGGAAAAAAAUCCGUUUUUAUUGAUUUGAUCGUGAAAAGAGGAAAGGAGCAUGACAUUUUUAAUAAAUGAAUCACUUACAGUAAGGCAGGAAGAACCUUAAUGAUUGCAUGCUGACUUUUCAACGAUAUCUUCGAAGGGUUCGGCCUUAUUUCAUUGUGCAGCUCUGUACAAACAAUGUCAGACCCGGUAGGCGUGUGUGUAAAAACACGUCUUGAACGGAAACUUCCACACACACACACACACACACACACACACACACACACACACACACUCGUGAAUUAUAUAUUUGCAUACCAGACAAAAGACUCUCAUGUUCUUUGGAGUGUGUAAAAUGCUUCAUGGGGAUUUUUUUCGGUCUGCAGCUAUACGAGGAAGUUGCCGAAGUGAAAUACCUCAGAAACACUGACAAAAGCUCUUUGUUAUGAAGGAAACAAACAUCUGCGAGGUGAAGUCACAGCAGAAAUUCAGUCUGGCAGGAAAAACAGCUCUGGUCUAAAUCUUCCGACGGGUUUUACAGACAAAAUAUGUCAGUUAUGUUAUUUAAACGACGUACUGUUCAUCGGUUUAUUGAUUUGUUUGGCAUAUUAAAGAUAUUUGUCACUUUAA